AUGGCUCCUCCCAAAAAGGGUCCCUUCAGUGGGCGUCGUAUUGUUCCAGUACAAAGUACAACUAACUAUUUUGAUAGGUUUUUCGUCGUGACACGUAAAUCGGAAUCGAAUGAAACAUUUCAGACAGUGUCGCCAUUUCUGGUCCAAAAAGCCGUAACAGCAACUGUCGGUGAAGUUACUUCAAUCAAAAAGAUGCGCUCUGGUGACUUGUUAGUAGAGGUGAAUUCUCGAAAGCAAGCCCAGCAAAUGCAAAAAUUAAAGGCUUUGGCUUCAAUAUCUAUAUCUGUAAAACCUCAUAAUUCUUUAAAUAUGUCUAAAGGUGUUAUUACCUGCGGUGAGCUGCUAAAUAUCCCUGUUGAUGAAAUUGUACAUGAAAUGAAAUCGCAAGGAGUUGUAGACGUCCGCCGUAUCACAAUUUGGCGUGAUGGACAACGUCUUGAAACGAAGCAUCAUAUUUUAACGUUUAAGACUACAAACUUACCUGAAUUUGCUUACGCAGGAUACAUAAAACUACCAGUGAGGCCUUACAUUCCUAACCCACUCAGAUGCUUUCAAUGCCAGCGCUUUGGCCACUCAAAGGCAAAUUGCCGCGGGUCACUCACCUGUGCCCGUUGUGCAGAAAAGGGUCACGACAGUCAGCAGUGUGACUCAAAAGAAAAAUGCGUCAACUGCAAUGGGGAUCAUCCAUCCUAUUCUCGCAUUUGCCAACCACUUACAACAAAAACAAAAACUGCGGAAAAAAUAACAGAAUCUGAUACAGAACAAUCUAUGAACAGUAUUCAUGAAACUCCUGCACCACCUAAACCAAAACGGAAAUCAAAGUCAAAAUCACAAACUUCACUGACGUUAAAUCUUGCGAAACGCGGCCUUUCAGGAAAAGAUAUUCCUCUGAAAUUGAAGAAAUCGACCUUGAAGAAUUCCGUCGCAUUGGGGUUAGCGACGCAGGGUGUUGCCCACAAGGACUUGACGUCCAUAUUUGGUGGCAUAUCCAAUAACCCCGAUAUUAAAUUGCACCCAUCUGAGGAUGAAUCGGAACUUGACAUGAGUUUCGAAGAUCAAGCAACUCCAGCAAAUGUUUCCACACACUCUCCUUCAAAAACAGACUCUUAA